UUACUUCCUAAUAUUGGUCACUUUUUUGGAGGAGGAAUGAAAAAGAUCCUUGCCUCGUGUCUUCAUUUUUCAAAAGUCGUUUUUUAACUAAAUCAUCUCCAUCCAUUUAUGGUUGGGUGAUGGUUUAAAUAAUUUCUUUCACUGGAUUGUGAGAACGUGCGUUAAUAUUAUUUCUCUGAAUCCGAAUAGGUCUUGUGGUGAUUGGAACCUCAUGUACCCGCUAUAAGGGUCCACCGACGGGGUUGAUACAAUUCCGUUCCCACGUACCGGAGUGGUAAUUCCUGUCCCGUUUUUUAUUUUAGUUAUUUACCUACGGUUGCUGUCUCGUUCUGAAGGUAUUUUGCACUGUUACCUCCAUGUUUUGGUUCUUAGCCUCACUAUGCUGCCGUCAAAUUUUUGAUAAGAUGGCGGCGGCCCUUUAUUUAUUGGUUUAUUUUGGAUAUUUGGAGCGGUAGCUCGUGUGCUAAUGGACAUGGGUGUUGGCUUAGUAUCAACUGUAUCGACCAAUUAUCCUAUCACAUGUGUUAGAUGAGCCCAGGGAACGGGACCAUUUUGAUGGAAUUUUUAGAAAGAACAGAAAAAAUUUUUGUUUUUCUCGCCAGUUGAAUGUAGAUAGAUUCAGUGAUGUCAACCAUAUAAAAGUACGGAACGUCUGUGGUUUCUGAUUCGCCUGUGACGUCAUUUGACCUAUUCAAUAUCACCGCACCACGAAUCAUUCAAGUAUUAGUUUCCGAGUUGCGCUAGGGUUCUUGCUUCGUUCGUGUUUAUUUACGUACAGUCGUUUGAGUUACAUGCGAAGAAUUCCUGAAGGACAUUUUUAAAACAAUACCAUUGUAUCAAAUAUCAUAAACAUGUACAGCAUUUAUUCUAUUUUUGUAUCAAAUAACGUAAACAUGUAUCAGCACUAUUUUACUAUAAAUAAGAUGUUUGUAAACAAUUCGAUGAUAUUUAAUGUUUAUAAUUAGUUCGAUCUUGAGAUUAAUUGUAUUCAUAUAAAUAUUCAAAAAUAAAGUUUUUUAAAAAUAAAUUUCGAAACCCGAAAUUUAUAAUUGGCGCAGUCAUUCGGAUUAGUGCGGUCGCGAGUUUACGCAAAGUGCGAUAAAGUCCGGCUAAGUACUCCAGUACCUCAGCACUAGAUCUACGUAUUCAACGAGGGACAGGACUUCAGACAAGCUGUAAGUGCCAAGUCUCCUUAUUAUUUUGAUUCCUUUUUAUCCAUCCUUAUCAGAACUUUGAAUAGGGAAGAGAUAAUUUAAUAAUUUUAAAUAUAUUAUUUUAUGAAAGAUUUUGAUAAAUUAUUAAAUACAUUCAGUGAAUUAAACUUAAAAGAUAAUUCAGAAUAUAUAAAAAUGGCAACGUCAAAUCCAAAAACCCUAAAUUGGGAUUUAUUUAAAUUAAAGUUAGAGAAUAUUAAACCUUAUGAUGGAAAUAAAAAUACAUUAAAUAAAUUUAUAAAUCGAUGUGAGAACCUUAUAGAGACGUAUUCAGUCUAUAAUGAUCAAGAUAUUAAUAAUCACGUAUUAGAAUGCAUACAAGAAAAGUUAAUAGAUAAAGCCGAGUUAAUGGUGGGAAAUAGAAUUGAGUUGAAUACAUGGUUUAAAUUAAAAGAAGCCUUGAUUCAAUGUUUUGCAGAUAGGCGCGAUUUGGAUUGUAUUUUACAAGAAUUAACAAGAGCACGACCAUUUAAAAAUGAAAAUUUGAUAGCUUUUGGUAACAGAUUGCAAUUAUUAAAAAGUCAGACUAUACAAAUUAUAAGUAAUAAUUUAAACUUAGGAGAGAUUGAUAAAAGAUGUCAAAUUAAUCACUGUGAGAAAACAGCUUUAAACACCUUUAUUGCGGGAUGUUCAGGCGUUAUACGUAACAAUAUGUACUUAAAAAAGCCUAAUUCUCUGGAAGACGCUAUGGCUUAUGUUUCUCUGGAAGACGCUAUGGCUUAUGUAGACGAGUUUGAAAAUUUCGAAAAACUUUAUGGUCAAUUUUACGAACCUAAAGUUAAAUAUAAUAAUAAUAAUACUAAUGUUCAAAUGAAUCCGUCAAGAAAUAAUAGAAACAAUCAACAUAACAAUUAUAAUUCUUUCUACCGACAACCUAAUAAUAACAAUUAUAAUAGAUAUAAUAAUUAUGAUAGAAAUAAUAAUAACUAUUAUAAUGAAAGAUACAAUAAUAAUAACAAUAAUAAUUUCCCUAGUCAACCAAUAAAUGUAAAUCCAAUACCGCAAAAAAGACAAAAUUACCCAACGAAUGCGCAAGUAUUUGGUCCUAGGAAAAAUGUUUUCCGCCCGAACCAAAUACCUGUAAAUCGUUUACCUAGACCCGAACCGAUGUCAACGACAUCAAGAAAUUUUUCUGACAGACCAAGUAGACGUAUAAAUAAUAAUAAUAAUACAAAUAAUAACAAAUAUUUUAAAUCACGAAAUGAACCGAAUUUUACUUCGGAAGAACUAUAUAAUAAUAAUUACAAAAAUAAAGAAGAAGAAGAAAUAAUUGAUUUUCACCAUUUAUUUGAACGCGACGAAGAUAAUAAUCGAAUCGUAAAUUUUCGGAAAGAGCCUCGGAAAAAGAAUCAAACAUAG